CAACAUGGCAAUGUUACAGGUCUGUGGGUGGUGGCAUGUUGCGUCGGCGUUCGCGGUGCACCGAGGUUGAAGCAGCGACGGGUGCGGCGGCAGACUUUGCGCAGAACCUCGUGUUGCUGCUGGUCCCUCCAUGCCAGGCCACACGAAGGGGAUGGAUGCAUGCACUGGUGCUGUAUCCGCUGCAGUGUGUGGAAUCCAUGCUUGUGCGACCACUGAGUCAACUUCGGCGGCAUAUGCCACUGCUCGGUGGUGUCUGCGUCGUGGCUCUAACUCUGUGGAGUCUACUGCUUCGCAGUGUCUGGCGGCACGUCCACCACACCCUCUCGACCGCAUCGGCCACCCACGACCCGCGACUCAACUUUGACAAGUUUUGGAACGCUGUCGAGGCGUACUACGUGUUUACGGACGCGACUACAUGCAACUGGUCCCUCGUUCACACGAUCUUUGGCGACAAGAUCGACGCUUCCACCAGCGAAGACGACCUAUGGACCGCCAUCGUGGACAGCAUGGCGCUCCUCGGGGAUCCGUCCGUGAGGCUGUUGCAUCCCCAGGCGGGCGAGUCCUCCUCCUUCGCUCUGCCCCAUACGGACACCGUCAAAGCCCCCGAACUCGACGCCCAUGAACGAACAAGGACAUCGCAGACGUCGGCGGCGUUGCUCCCGCCGCUCGUUCACGUGGCGCCGCACAUCUCAACCUUCACAUUGCCCCAUGCAUCUUCUUCCCUAUCCAGUGUCAUGUACAUUCGUUUGGACGCUAUGGCUGGCUUUGUCGACCGCACAUUCCCCUUGGAUUGCUUUACCCCUCCGUCGAAUCCGGCGGCGGUACCAGAAUUAUUUGAUGUUGAAGCGAUGCGAUGGGCGCUGCAAUCCAUCGCCCCACUUGACUCGAAACGUACUGGCAUCAUUUUGGAUUUGAGGGAGAAUAGCGGCGGCGGCAGUCCGCGCGCCGCCGUCGCGGCCGCCGCGAUGUUCUUGCCGCCACAUGCCCCCGCCUUUGAAAUCCAAGAGCCGCUGAAAGCAUGGGGCCACGUUCGUCGUCGCACAUUUUACACCCCAUCAGCAUCAACCGGUGAUCGGUUGGAGUAUUUCGACGGUCCUCUUGUGGUGCUGCAGAGUGCUCGCACAACUGGCACGGCCGAGUUGGUCCUGCUGGCUCUGCGACAUCGUAAACGAACGGCAUGUGUGGGCGAAGUAUCCGCGGGUCGGGCGUCGGGGGUGCUGCAGAUGCAGCUGCCGAAUGGAUGGAUCGUUGAGAUGCCGCAUCAGAUUUGUCGAAGUGCCGACGGAGACAUCGUGUGUGUCCAAGGCCAAGGCCUGCCGCCGCAUGUCCGCGCAGACGUGACCGAUGACAUGUGGAUCUGGUCUACUGCAGUGAAGCUUCUUACUCAGCUAUAGAGAAUAACUAACAAUAUGUCCAACUAACUCGGAAUAUAAUACAUACUCGGAACGAUGAG